AUGCAAAUGGAGCUAAGAUUGCAGAAUCUGAACCCUACGGCUUCUCCAUUCAAUCACACUAGAAAUUUCAAAUCCAGAGUCGAUAUUGGAUCUCUAUCCGCAAAUCGAGUGAAAAUAUGUACUGUGAGAAUUAUACGUUCAUUGCCAGAAACAGCUGCCUCCAUUGCAGUUGCUGCAGUGAUUGUUGGCACAGCUGCUACAUUUCUAGCAGAAAGAACUAAAGCUUCUCAAGUUAUUGAGCCCCCUACAAAAACUUGCAAGGACUGUGGAGGUUCGGGUGUGUGUUCCGAAUGCAACGGAGAAGGUUUUGUGCUAAGACGGCUGUCAGAUGAAAGUGCUGAAAAAGCAAGAUUAAUGGCAAAAAACAUGGCAACUCGAUACACGGCAGGGCUCCCAAAGAAGUGGAGCUACUGCACAAAGUGCUCGUCUGCUCGAUCUUGCGUUACUUGUGGUGACGUCGCCGCCGCCGCUCCAAUCCCCCUGCCCUGCCACCACCGCAGUCCCCUUGCCUUAUCCCAAAACUCGAAUCUGCAAUUUCUACUCACUACGAACCUUUAUCUCGCUUUCUAUGGUGUGAAGAAGAGAGCGAUUCACGCCUAUAAUCGACUCACUAGCAGAAACAGCAGCCCAACGUCUUCGUCGGUGUCACCGCUCAACCACUCCCGCGGUACCGCCACCGUGACUCCAAAUCUAGGAGGCCGCCUCCCGAGACACUCGCGCAGCGACUCGCGUGGAUCUUGCUCUCCGUCAUGUUAA